AUGGCCUCUCAAUCUCCUCGUCAUAUUCGCAAAGAUUCUAUCACAUCACCUGGUCUAGAUGCCCUGGCCGCUGCAGCCAGCAAUGCAGAUCCCAUCGUCUCUCCUCCAAACAGCUCUGGGUUUGCGACGAACUAUCACCCCAGUAUACGGCGUCAGUCUGGUGGCGCGCAAUCAUAUGAGAGUUUCCAACCGACUUCGCAAUUCUCCCCUACCCUUGUCCAAUACGGCCAUGUCCCUAGUGGAGAAUACAGACCUCCGUCCUCCGGAGACCCUCGACAGAGUCUUCCACCCUACCAGCCCUCAGGUUUUGUACAACCUUCUCAAUUGCCACAACAAGAUGCUUUGAAUAAUACGACUUUGUUCCAGACUCAGGAAGGAGUGAAUCGAAGAAGCCCUUCUCUUCCACAUGAGGGCGAAAUAAAAUUCAGCGACCAGCAUGAUGGAGCGCUAACAGCACAAAUACGUGAACCUUUACCUGGACCAGAGCAUUCACUGCCCGAAAUUGCGGUUCCUGAGACACAAAGUGAGCAAGUGGAAGUCAAAACAGAAAUGGGCGAUGUUCCAAUGCAAGAGGCGCAAAUGCCCAACAACCCGGAGUUACUCCAAAGUGAUAUGACAAUGGACGGUUUCGAGCAGAAUAAGAUAGAGCCAACACCUCUUCCCGAAAAGCCCGAGACGCCAGUAAAAGCCUCUCCAAAACCAAAGGCUCCUCCCAAGAAACGCGCCCCACCCAAAAAGGGCACAGCGAGUGCAGUCAAGAACCCCGCAAAGAAGCGCAAACUCGACAAUAGCACCGAGAGCGUUGAAGGUUCUCCAUCAAGAGGUACACCCGGGACGAACCGAGCAAGCCUCACACCAGCACCGAAGAACAAGAAGCAAGCUUCUGAUACUCCUACGCGAAGCUCUUCUAUAGCUGCAGACGAUGAUGACUACGAUGGAGGCUCUGACAACGAAGUCUUCUGCAUAUGCCGCAAGCCUGACGAUCAUGGCGUCAUGAUCGGAUGCGAUGGUCCUUGCGAGGAUUGGUUUCAUCUAAAGUGCGUGGACAUGACAGAGGCAAAGACGAAGCUGAUACAGAAAUGGUAUUGUCCCAAUUGCUCAGCUUCUGGCCAUGACACCCUGUGGCGCCGCAUGUGCAGAUUACCAGGCUGCUCCGAACCAGCACGAACGGACGAAAAAGGCAAAAAUCUCUCAAAAUACUGCAGCGACGAGCACGGAGAAGAUUUUAUGCGGCGUCUUGUCGAAGGCAAAGGCUCCGAGCCCGCCCCGACAAUAGAACGAGCCACCCGACGAAAGAGCCAACACCAACAGCUCACCCCAGACAAAGGCCCCGAAGCCUACGAAGACCCAAGAGGCGGCGUGCUCAAACCUGCAGACCUCAAAGCCAUCACCGACUACACCAAAGACGUGACCUCUUUCCACGCCCUGGGCGAAGCCUCUGUACCCUCUCCACCACGCACAGCAUCCCCUAACCUCCUGAACGGCAACAGCACACCCACCCUCUCAAAACCUGACCCCCCUUCCCACACCCAUACCAAAAUCACAUACACUCCCUCCGAGCAAAGUACCCUCAGCGCCCUCGCGCAAAAGAAAUCCCACCUCCUCUCCCGCCGCGAAAUGCUCACAGAUCGCGACAAAUUCGUCGCCCUAGUCAGCGCACGGCACAAGACCAUCCUCGCGAAACUGAAAGAGACGGACAAAUCCCUCAAAGACAUCUGUGGCUACGACAGCCGGCUUACAUGGUCCGACCACGAAUUCGACGCCUGGCGAACGAGCGCGGAUGGCGUGCAGGCGCUCGAGAGCGGUGUGCUAGGGGAGCCGCCGCGGGGGAAGUUGCAUGCGAUGCCGAAUGGUACGGCGGUGGUGAAAGUCAAUGGCGUCCUCCCACCACCAGUACUCACGAAUGGCACAACGCCCAAGGCCGAAGGAGAUGGGGAUGGGGAUGAGGAGAUGCCAGAUGCGGAAGAUGGGAAACAUUCCACCACCAACGCGGAGAUUGAAGAGGGGGUGGAGGAGAUAGGUAAAGGCGUGUGUAAGAAAAAACGCUGUGAGAGGCAUAGAGCGUGGAAUAAAAACCAGAUGAACGAUAACCUGUUCGAGAAGAAUCAGGUGAGGGUGGCGCUGAAGAAGGUCGAGGGCGAGGAGAAGGGCGUUAGGGAUUGUGCUGUGCUGAGGGGGCUGGAGGAUGAUGUUGGUGCUGCUGCCGGGGGGAGGGAAGGAGAUGGUGUUGCGGAUGGGGACGGGGAGGUAUAA